AUGAUAUACUUUAUUUUAUUUAUAUUUGCUUUAUACCUUUUAUUAUCUUUUGUUAAUAAGAAUUUAAUUAAAAAGAAUGGAUUGAAUGGACCAUUGGCAUUACCAUUAUUGGGUAAUUUACAUAAUCUUGGAGAUUUGCCACAUAUAGGGUUACAAAGAUUGGCUCAAAAGUAUGGAAAUGUUUAUAGAAUUUGGAUGGGUGAUUACUUUUCAAUUGUUGUUAGUGAUCCAAAACUACUUCGAGAAGUAUGGGUUAAAAACAACUCCAACUUUAUCAAUCGUCCAAAGACUCCAACAUUCAAUAUCAUCUCUAAAAACUUUACAAACUUGGCUGCCUCUGAUGAAGAAACAUGGUCUAUUGUCCGUCCAAUUGUAUCUGGUCAUUUUACUAAAACAAAAUUAAAGAAAUCUUCUACCAAUCAUUUAGUAACCGAACAAACAAAUCAAUUAAUUCAAAAAAUUCAAGAGUUUUCAAAGUCUGGUGAAAUCUUUAUGCCAAGAUCAUAUUGUAAAAAGUAUUCAAUGAAUAUUAUAUUUAAUAUUUUGUUUAAUAUGCAAAUUCCAUAUGACGAGAGUACAGGCGAAGGAACACUUGGUAGAUUAAUUGUACCAAUUGAAAAAAUAUUUAAAAGAUUGGCAUCUGCAAACCCAGUGGAUUUUGUUGAUCUCUUGGUACCCUUUUAUUUUGCCUAUGUCUCUUUAUUUGGUACCGAGGUUGAUGAAUUGGUUAAAUUCACUGAAGUUAUUUAUCAAGAUCAUUUAGAUAAAUUAGAUCCUCAAAAUCCAAAAGAUUUAUUAGAUACAUUAUUAGUUGACUUGUCAACAAAACAAAAAUAUAAAUCACAAAUUUGUAUUAUUUGCAUUGACUUUAUCUUGGCUGGAACGGAUACAUCAGCCUCGUCGAUUGAAUGGUUUAUGUUAUUUAUGGCCAACAAUCCAACUAUUCAACAAAAGGUAUUCAAUGAAUUGGAAUCUGUUAUUGGUCAAGGAAACAAAGUUGUUGGUAUUGACCAUCAAAUGCAAACUCCAUACCUCAAUGCUGUCAUCAAGGAAGUACUUCGUAUCAAGCCAAUUGCUCCCAUGGGAUUACCUCGAAUUGCAAAAGAAUCAAUUCAAAUUGAUGAUUUAUUUAUUCCAAAAGGUACACAAUUAAUUCAAAAUAUUUAUUCAUUACAUCAUGAUGAAAGUUAUUGGGGUAAUCCAUCAACGUUUAUGCCAGAGAGAUUCUUGGAUCAGAAUCAUACAGAAUAUUAUAUUCCAUUUUCACUUGGUGCUCGUAAUUGUGUUGGAAAGGAUCUUGCAAAUACAUCAAUAUUUUCAGCAUGUGCCAACCUAAUAUCAAACUUUAAAUUCUCAAGCUCCAAUGGUCAACCUAUUGAUGAUACCGAUGUAUUUGGUCUUACCAUUCAUCCAAAAUUAUUUGGUUUAAAAGUUGAACAAAGAUAA